GCCCCCUGCAGGUAAGAAUAGAAAAUUGUGUUCUGUAGCUUAUUUGUAGUAUGAUGACCGCUUGCUAGACUUAUAGAUAGCAGCAGUCACGUAAACGAGACAGUAAUCUAACAAAAAUAUGAACGUUCGUUAGGCAUUAAUAGUGAAUUACAAGAGGACGAGAAUGAGUCGACGAAAUGAUCACUCUUUUUCUGAUUAUGGACCGCCGAAUACAUACACUGCUCAUGGAAGCAUCACACCAACCCAGCGAAGUGCAGAAACAACCCAUGGUUAUACCCAACACACAAGACACUCGACCGUAAACCCAGCAUCCUACAACUCUCAGCGAACAAGCAACUCAGAAAAAGCCGAGCUCUACGACCCGUAUGAUCCUGAUCCUGGCUCAUCAUCAGACUCUGAAUUGGAGCCUUCCAAAGGCAGGGAAGACCAUCACAGGCACAGAGUUAGUGGAGGGAGCAGCCGCCUGAGUAGUGGAUAUCAAGGCUCUGCUUCAGUAGCUGGACAUCAUGAUGGCUUCAACUGGGAUUUGUUAUCCUCUCGGCCCGGUACCAGACAUGAGCAGUCCAGCCAUGGCUCCAUACCUGACCGGUCUAGCCAUGACCACUCAGAACGGCCGUUGCCCACGACAGAAACCCCACUAUUACCCCUCAAUGCAUAUUGGGGGCAGGGGGAAAAUGGGAGAGAAAUGUCCACAACCACAGUACCUGGCAAAGAGACAAGAAAUCCACCAGGGUUUACCCGGUCCCACUGGGAUACCAACCCCAUUCAUGGCCAAUCAGAAUCUAGUGGAAGAGGAGGGGACCAAACCAAGUCACCCUCAGAGGUCACAAAGAAGAGAAGCAGAAGCCCAAAUGAGGACAUACCGAGUGAUUUUUUCACCUGUGACAUGUGUAACUUGGAUUUCCAUAAAGCGAGCACCCUUGAGGUGCAUCUGAAGUGCAAUAGUCACUGGGAGACCCUGGAGCACAUCCAAAAUCAAAACAACUACGACGACACGGCAAUCGCCUUUUUGCAUGAGGCCGUGUUAACCAAAGUCCGGCAAGGUGAUAGACUGCAGAUGAACAGACAUAGCCUUAGAGCAUUGCAGGACAAGGAUUACAUGACAAAGUUAGAUAUUUUCCACUGUGCUCCUUGCCAAGUCUACGUCUCCGUACAUCCAUCAUCACUGCAGGAUCACCUGAGCUCCAAAGACCACCUGAGGAACAAAAUGGAAUUUAGAACGAAACAGUUGCGGGAAAGUGUGAACUUUGCGAAGGCGACCAUGAAACAAAUGAAUACUGAGUAUGCAAGCUUCUGUGAGGGCAAGGAUCCUUUUGAACAGUCAUCAUGAGGGCCAUGAAGAAUAGAUAAACAGUUGAUGUGAACUGCUAGCUACUGGCUGUGGACAACUAUGGACAGCCAACAACCACCUAUCAAAAUCAACUAGACAAAGACCAAAUGGACAUAGUCUGUGCCCUGAGUGUUGAUGUUCAGUCUUAUGUACCUCUAAACUAAUACAGGAUAAUCUUAACUAAUACAGAAUACCGGUUUUCUUUGAGUGUGGAGCAUCCAUUAGCUAGAUAUCACAUAGUUGAGAACUUGUAGUCAUUUUGUGUUUGAUGUAGACAUUUUUCACGUAAGAACAUCCAUCUGUAAUUUUGGACCUUUUUAAUUUUCAGUUGGAAAUUGAUUUAAUUUCAAUAGAUAUUGAAGCACAUUUUGUAAUGUUUUUCCCACAAUUCUUUUUUUCCAUUAGAACACCUGCUUUGAUUCAUUGAGAUUUAAGGAUAGAAAUACUGUAAUGUUUUGUUUGCUGAAGAAAUAUGGUCCUUACAGGCUUUCCAACUUUGUAAUUUCUUAGUCAUUUAAAAAUAACCAAACAAUAAAUGUUUUAAAGAAAAAUGAA